AUGGCGAGUCAGUGGACAUUGCUACAUCAUUCCGUGGGGCUCUUACUAACGUCACAUACGAAUGGAUCUACACGUUUGAUACUUAAUUUACGUCGCUUUAAUACUCCGUCAAUGUUCAAGCCUCGUGCGCGUAAUCAGAUUCGAAACGGUAAUCACCGACUACAGAAGGACGAGUCAGAGCAUAAGCAUCACAAGCAGCAGUCGAAUAAACGACGUGUAAAGAGAUCAGUGGAUCAGGAUUCAAUCGUGUUUACUAACAAAUUUCAAAACCUAUUGAGCGCUGCGUUUGAAGACGUUGUAGAUGUUGAACAAAAGUUACAACCCAAACGCACGAACGAGACGUCAUCAUUGGACCUCCUGGACAGCAUCAAAGUUGGUAGUAAUGAGACGGACAAUCCAGAGCUUACAAUGGCUCAACUAGGAUUUGACAACUUUGAUGAAGAUGAUGACACAUUUGUAAAGAGACAACCCAAAUAUCCACGACAGAAACCCAAAAAGACCAAAUUAUUCUCGGCCAAUAAAGAUCCUGCUACAGUGUUAGCAGCACUUGGUAUUCCUUCCAAUGGCGAAGGAGAUCGUCGAGUAGAACCACCACUUGUUCCCGGUAGCCGCAAGGCGAUGAAGAUGAAUACGAAGCGUAAGAAAGGAACACGCAAUUUACUUAAAAAUUUCCAGUUUGAAAACAGCAUCUUUGACUCGGACUUUGAUCUAUUUGGAGACAUUAACUGGAGAGACUCGGAGGACCGCGAAGAACGUCGCUUUAACAGACAGCAACGGAAGGAAGUCAAGCGCAGACCAAAGGAGGAGAUGCCUGCACAAGAAGUGGAGAUCCCGACGUCUCUUACGGUCAAGGAUCUUGCAGAUCGUAUGACUGUAAAGACACGUGUGGUAUUUCGCGCUUUGAAGGAUCUUGGAGAGAAUGGCCUCAAUGAAGAAUCGCUGCUGACCAGCGACAUUGCCGAGCUGGUGGUAGACUCGCAGAAUAUGAUCCCAGUGUUGCUUCCGCCUGACUUUGUCGAUCUCGAUCUGACAACGCCACCUGAGAAUUGCUCGGAGUUUCCUGUUCGUCCACCUAUUGUGUCGGUGAUGGGUCACGUUGAUCACGGCAAGACAACGCUACUGGACAGUCUGCGUAGGUCAAACGUCGCGGCCUCGGAAGCUGGUGGCAUCACACAGCGAAUUGGUGCAUUUUCGGUGGAUAUGGGCAAGAAAUUUGGCUCACAUGCAAAGGUCACCUUUAUUGACACACCUGGUCACGCGGCAUUUAGCAACAUGCGGUCACGUGGCUCCGAGCUCACAGAUCUUCUUGUCCUUGUGGUAGCUGCAGACGAUGGUGUGCGCCCGCAAACAGUGGAAGUGGCACGGCUGGCACUCAAAAACAAUGUGCCGCUCGUGGUAGCAGUCACGAAGAUGGACAUGCACGAGCACGACAAAAAUGAGGUGACUAAACGUCUUGGAACGGAGUUAUUGAACCAGGGAAUCGUGGUUGAGAGUAUGGGAGGAGAAACGCCAAUGGUAUGUGUGUCAGGAAAAACCGGCGAGGGCCUCGACCAGCUCAAAGAAACUAUUGCACUCCAUGCUGAAAUGUUAGACCUGCGUGCCGACACACAGGCAGCUGGUGAGGCUAUCGUCCUUGAGGCGAAUGUGGCACGUGGCGUCGGCACUCAAGUGGAUGCGAUUGUCAAGUGGGGCGCGCUCAAGCAGGGUUCUUUUGUAGUGUGUGGACUAGAGUACGGAAAAAUUCGUGCUCUAGUCGACCAGGCGGGAAGUCGGGUAAAGCAGAUGACACCAGGUCACCCGGUGCGCGUGAUUGGGCUGAAGGGAUUGCCUGAAGGUGGUGUUGCACUGCUGUCUGUGGCAACGGAAGACCGUGCUAAGGAGGUUGUGGCAGCGCGUCAUGCCAUGAUCGACUGGGAUCAAAUGGCAAGGGCUGAAGACGAAGAAGUAGAGACUCAGCAGGGUGAUGAGAGUGUCCCGAGGCGUCGUCGUCGUGUUGGAGGGCGUCGAAAAUGGGCGCAAGUGGAAAUACGACGACGUGAUGCUGCCGAAGAGGUUAAGCGCGUCGCAGCGCUGAAACCUGGAGAUGAAGGCUAUAUCGCGAACGUGGUUCCCAUUAUCGUCAAAACGGACUCGGUGGGUGUUAUCUCUGCUAUUAAUGAGCUCAUUGCGUCUUUGCCAAGCGACGAAGCAGCGAUAAAGUGUAUCAUGUCUGAUGUCGGGCCUGUAACAUCGUCUGAUCUCGCAAUGGCCCAAGCUACCGGUUCUACUAUCUACUCAUUCAAUAUCAAGCACCCGGCCUCUAUUGAUCAAGAAGCACUGCAAAAAGAAGUUACACUGCGUCAACACCGCGUGGUGUAUAGUCUGCUGGACGACAUCAAGGAAUUGUUGCAGGAUAAUCUCAAGGGUGUGGUUGUGCACGAAGUGAUCGGCUCAGCUGAGGUGAUCCAGUCCAUUCCCAUCUCAACGUCGGGGACCCGCAGCACCAACAUUGCUGGUUGUAGAGUCACUUCUGGGUCACUUAACAUGCAGGCAAAGUACCGACUGGUGCGAGACGGUGUGACAAUCGUCGAGAAUGUGGAUAUGGCGUCCAUGCGUCACUUUCAGCAAAAGGUACCAGAAGUGAACAAGGGUCAGGAAUGCGGACUUCAGCUUGCAGGCAUGGACGACUUCCAGCCUGGCGAUAUACUCGAGGCAUACAAUACGAAGGUGGUGAAGCCUGAGAUCUAG